AUGGCAAGGGAUGUGGUCAUUCGAAUGUCGAUGCAACCACUGCGCUACCAGUUUCAUGGCACCUUAGCGGAUGGUUUUGCCUUCGCUGACGAGUUGGUUGUGCAUGCAGAGAUUAAGGCUCAACUUCAAGAGAAGCUGAAAGCUGCCGUGGUUGAGUUUGGAAGAGCCGGCAUGGCUAUCAACACCAAAAAGGCAAAACCAACGCCUUGGAAUGAAGAGAAGAGAGAGGACUUGGGGCUGGCCUAUCACAAACAUUGA